CCAUUCCCAAAUUUAAGACAAAAUCUUUGACAACCCUAAUUUUCGAGAUCCUCCCUAAAAUAACAACGUCUUUAUUACAUACCCUUCUUCGUCUUUAUAUAAACCUCACACCCAUUAACAACCCUAAUCACCAUAAUCCAAUAUGAACAACAUACCCACCACCAUGAUCACCACCACGAUCAAGAAGAGAAAAACAUCACAAGGCCGUAAAAAGAUCGAGAUCAAGAAAAUCGAACCACAAAACAACCGUCUCGUCACUUUCUCCAAACGCCGAGCCGGUCUUUUCAAGAAAGCCAGCGAACUCUGCAUCUUGACCGGCGCCCAAAUCGCCAUUCUCGUCAACUCCCCCGGUGGCCACCUUUUUUCUUUCGGUCACCCCUCCGCUGACGUCAUCAUCGACCGUUAUCUCAACAACACUAGUAGUAGUAAUAAUAGUAAUGGUAAUGUGUUAGAAGGGUCAAACUCUUACAAGCUGCCACCUGUGAUGGAGUUUAACCAACACUACAUAGAAGUAUCAAAGGAACUAGAGGCGGAGAAGCGACGAAGGGAGGCGAUACAAGAAUCGAAAGCGAUGAAUAGCGGUUGCGGAUUAAUGUGGUACGAGGAAGAGGUUGAUGGAAUGGCGGCGGAUGAGUUGCAGCAGUAUCUUUCGUCAUUGGUUGAGUUGAAGAGGAAGGUGUUGGUUAGGGCUGAUGAACUUAUGAUGAUCAAGAAGACUCCGCUGUUUUUGGGUCCGAAUGUCACCGAAGAUGUCGGUGGUUCAGGGUUUGCAAACGAGGUUGUUCAUAGUACGAUGGUUCCUGGUAGUUUUGUGGCUCCAACAGGUUUUGAUUUUGGUUAUGAUUACGGAUCAUAUGAUUAUAAUAGGGAGUCAAUGCAUUAUUGAUUAGUUGCAGUUAUGUUUUUUAGUUUGUUAGUUGAUUAAGACAAAGAUUAAGAUAGGGUUAAUCAAUGAUCAGUGGUACGUUACUAGUCAUUUUGGUUUUAUUUUUUUUCUUUUGGACAAAUGUUGCACUAGUGUUUAUACUUCUUUUUUUUUUUUGAAAGAGGGCUAUUCAUCCAAGACAAAAAGCCUUAGCAAGGUGCUACACUAGUGUUUAUA